GGGUCAAGUAAAUUAUUUCUAUCUCGAGCAAAAUCUCAGCUUCUUUGAGGUAGCAACUGCCAAGUCCACCACGUGGUUGAGCAGGAGGACGGUUGGGCAUCAAAAUUGACAGGGAAUUCGUGUGUGUUUUGUCGGAUGAACCCGGCACAACCGCGUUUUCGAUGUAUCGCAUCGGAACCGUAACAAUAUACACCCACAAGUACCAGAUAUCCACAGCGGUCACGAAAAAUCGACCAUGUCCCGUUGCUUUUCCGAUUUCAGGUCAAAAUCGCGACCGGGGCCGCCUAUAAAACGCGGUAUCGCGGAUCGCAGGACCAAAAAUCUCACGAACGCAGCCGUACAAUGAUGAUGCGGCUUGUUACCUUGGUACUGACGGUGCUGGUGGCGUCUCCCGGAGUGCGACCGAGGAACAUCGCGAAUCCGGGGUCUCAAGUCUACCCGGACCUGGACCUCAUGAUGGAUUUCAGCGCACGGCCGACCCCGAAGAACCUGAACCAGACGAUGGACGAGGGGCCAUUCGAGAGGGUGAUGUACAACAACAGCCAGGUGUGGAAGGCUUGCAACGAGGACGAUAAGUUCCUGAUCGAGCUGAACGGUUUGCGGAGGGAAAACAGGAUAACAAUGUGGGGAGGCAAUCUUACCUGCAUUGACAUCAUGGUAAGGGGGCAGCACAUUGAAGAAGUGAGUGAAUCUUUUGCACGUCAUAACGUCGACUACAGUGUCAUCAUAGAAGAUUUACAAAAAGCAAUAGACGAAGAAAAUCCACCCCUGGAGGCUCUUGAAUUGGAUAACAGACAAGGAACGCCAAUUGUUUAUAAGAGAAACCAAAGGAACGGAAAACUUGCCUUGAGUCCUGUCAUAAGCAGUGGUCACAGAUUGACGUGGCAGGCCUACCAUCGCCUGUACGAUAUUCACGGCUAUCUAGACUACUUAGCGGAAACCUACCCCCAACUAUGCACGGUUAAAACAAUCGGUUCUUCGGUACAAGGCAGACCGAUCAAGCUGCUCAAAAUAUCCAACGGGAACCAGGGAAACAAAGCCGUUUGGAUAGACGGCGGAGUACACGCCAGAGAAUGGAUAUCCCCGGCCACUGUAACGUUCAUCAUCAACCAGAUAGUCCUGAGUUACGAUAACGACCCCCUUCUAGAAGGAGUCGACUGGUACAUCACACCCGUGGUCAAUCCUGACGGUUACGAGUACUCCCACAACGUGGAUAGGCUUUGGAGGAAGAACAGAAGGGGUUCUGGGUUUUGCGCUGGCACAGACUUGAACAGGAACUUCGGGCAUGGUUGGGGAGGUCAGGGAGCUUCUGGCAAUCCUUGCACUGAAACAUACAGGGGAGCCACUGCCUUCUCGGAGCCAGAAACGUCAGCCAUCCGAAAUUUUAUCAGUCAGAAUAAGGUACCAUGGAAAGUAUACAUAUCUUUCCACUCAUACGGCCAAUAUAUUCUUUACCCAUGGGGAUACGACAGAACCUUACCGGCUGACUACCAAGAUCUAGACAGGGUGGGCAAGAAAGCAGUAGCGGCUAUUCAACAAGCAGGAGGGCCUAGGUACUCCUUGGGAUCAUCUGGUAGACUUCUGUAUCCUGCAUCGGGAGGAUCAGAUGAUUGGGCUAAGGGGAAAAUGGGCAUAAAAUAUUCCUACACAUUAGAGCUACGAGAUAAUGGCAGAUAUGGGUUCGUUUUACCUGCGACUUAUAUUCAACCAACAGCCAAAGAAGCUUAUGCAGCUGUUAGAGCUAUUGUAUCUGAAGCUUGAUACGUAGUUUCGUUUUUCGUUCUGAGAUAUUGAUUUAUUAGUGCAUGAUAUUCGUGUUGAGUACAUCGAGAUAUUUAUUGUUAUUUAUUUCUAUAAUUAAAAGUGAUAUUGUAUCAAGAAAAUAAAUGAAUCAAACAAA